AUGCAGAAUGCUCCUUUCUUUGUUACUAAGCUUGCGGUGAAAACAUUGCCAUGUGUCAUACUCUUCAGGAAAGGAGUAGCAACGGAUAGAGUGGUCGGGUUUCAGGACUUGGGGGGAAAAGAUGAUUUCUCGACUAGGACUCUUGAGAUUCUCCUGGUGAAGAAAGGAAUAAUUGAGGAGAAUAAACGGGAGGAAGAGGAUGAUGAUUAUCUCGAAGGUCAACGUAGAACAGUGAGAUCAUCUGUUAAUCAUGAUUCUGAUUCUGACUAA